CUUAUAACGGCGGCGGGACGCCUAUCUUGCGCGGAGCACACGUGUGAAGUGUCGGUAGCCGCGUUCCUGCGAGGCUCGGAGACGAGUCUUUGUGUGCGGAGCUGAGGUCGGAGGCGCUAGUCAGGACACGCAGACGCAGACGCGAGCCGCUCUGUGGUGCGGCUGUUUAGCACGGGGAAAUGCGCAUCGGAGAGGAAGACGAGCACAGCAGAGCGCAGCAGGUGGGCAGCAGACGGGGUGAGGAGGAGGGCCCGCCGGCCCGCGGGACACAGCGCCAGCAUGUCCUCCUUCCACCAGGGCUCCGGUAACCGGGGCGCGAGCGUGCUGCACUUCAAGAAGAGGAAGUCCCGCUUCUCCUACCGGGAGAUCCAGGUCCUGCUGGAGGAAGUGAGGAAGAACCGCAAUAUCGUCAUCGGCAAGUUCAACCGCGGCGUGUCGACGGAGGUGAAGAAGCGCACCUGGGCGGACAUCACGGCCCGCAUCAACGAGGUCAGCCAGUGCCCCCGCGAGAUCAUCGAGGUCAUCAAGAAGUGGUCCGACCUCAAGUGCGACACCAAGCGGAAGGUGGCGGCCCUUCGCGCGGGCGGCCCGGUGACGGGGGGCAGGGCCCGGCUGUCGCGCGAGCUCACGCCCGUGGAGAGCGUGGUGCACCAGAUCCUGCAGCUGGCCAGCCUGCGCGCGCCGCUGCCCCUCGAGGCCGGGCCCUACCUGGGCCUGGGCGUCCGGCUCGGCCACAGCGACCGCCAGGGCCCGGCCAGGGCGGAGCAGGAGGGGGAGCCGGACGAGGAGGAGGAAGUCGUGGUGGGCAUGCCCUCCUCCUCCUCCUCCUCCGCCCCGUUGGCGGGGCCCGGGAACUGCAUUCCUCCGGCCCCCCAGGCCCUGCCCAUCCCUGUGUCCCUGCCCAUGAGGGCUCAGGCUGCGGCCCAUAAGGAAGAGCUGGCAGAGCCCACUCCAGUGUACUGCAUUGCAUCCCAUGAGGAACCCACUUCAUCACCCUACGAGCUGCAGUAUGAAAUAAGUGUCGACGACCAUGACGUGGAGUCGAUUGAUUCGGAAGAGGAGCACAGAGACGACUCCAGGCCUCACUUCCUCCCCCAUCACCAGCUGCGCAAAUCUGCGCAGUUCCAGAGCCUGACUGCGCACCUGCCGCACGAGCACCAGUGUAAGAACCAGGCGUGGGAUGUGUGUCCAGAGACCCGCUGCGCGCUGCGGCGGUGGUCAGCGUGCCGUGUCCACCAGUCGGGCCUGCUCUGCGCCACGCGUGUUCCCCGAGUGUGCCUUGACCCCCUUGGCAGCUCGGCCACACCCACGCAGACCGGCGGGAUGGGCUUGACCUGGCCUCGGUCAGAAAGAGACUAG